AUGUCAGAAUCAAAUAUACAUAUUUACAACAGAUUGGAUAGAGACCUCUCUGAUGAAGAUGGGGACGUGGUCUAUGUACCCAUUCCAGAGAACCAAUCGAUCAAUAACAAUAACCCAAGUGGUCCAGUGUCCAGCGGCGGUACAAUGACACCACAGUCAACACCAGCACGUGGGACCACUGGAACGAUUGGCGGAGUAGACCUUGGAGGUGGCACACUAACCAAACGUGUGUCAAUCUUUGAGUCGGUGCCUGAUCAGCCAAUCACUUAUGAAGAUCUUGGUAUUGCCCCAGGUACCAAUGCGCUCGAGGCCAAGCACAUACUCCAGAAUCAUAUGUUUGGUUUCCGUCCAUUCAAGAGUCACAUUUCAAAGAAGCGUCUACAGGAUCGAUCACCACUCACACGCGGUCUCUACAGUGAGCCCGCCUCUCAAGUAGACGUUCAAAAGAGUCUAAACUCUGUUGGAAACUACAUAUAUGCCAUACUCUUUGGUUGGAUAUUAUACCUUGUGUUUGCAAUCGUUAGCAUUAUAUUAUUUAUAUCAUACUUUGGAAUACCUUAUGGCAAUGUUAUUUGGAAGUUAAAGGACUUUGUACUUUGGCCAUUUGGAAAAUAUUUCCAGCGAAGGAUCAAUAGACAGACUGGUGAUUCAUCGGAGAAACAACCAUUGAAGGCAUCUGGAAACAAUCCAUCAUUCAUACUACCUCAAUCCACAUCACUCCGAGUUGGAAUGGUUGUAUACUAUCUAAUCGGCGCACCAAUCCUUGCCAUUUUCCAAGGUCUAUUCAUGAUGUUCUCAUGGUUCAUUGUUGUAAUGAUACCAACUGCCAAGAUGCAUCACAAGAUACUUCACAACCUGUUUGUGGACCCUCUUGGACUGAGAGUUGAGACUCAAUCACCCAGGACUGACUCUGUCAUCGUCCUGUAUCCAGUUGAGGCCAUCAAUCUACAAUUUUACAAGUUCAACGUCAGUGGAAUGAAUGUUUGUUUGGUCAACCUUCUUCCAUUCGUCAUAUUAUCAUUGAUAUUUGGAUACUUCUUUGAGGAGCAUAUUCAUCCAACGGUGAUCUUCUUGUGUUGUAUCCUCUCCACCAUCCCCCUGUCUUACUACAAUUGUAAAGCCAUUGCCAGUCUUUCAGCACAGACCAGCUUUGCAAUUGGCGCACUGAUCAACACUAGUUUCGGAUCAAUCAUUGAGUUGAUCCUAUACGUUGCCUCGCUAAACAAGGGCCAGGUUGAUGUGGCCCGUGCCGCCGUCACCGGCUCACUCAUGGGCGCCAUGCUCCUCAUCCCUGGCCUGGCGAUGGUCGUCGGAGGUCUCAAGCACAAGGAGCAACGAUUCAAUCACUCUGUGAUGGGCGUCAGCAUGGUGCUGCUGAUGGUGGCCAUCGUCGGUAUCUUCUCGCCAACCGUUCUCUACAAGGUGUUUGGCAGCUACCAGCUCACAUGCUCACAGUGCACCACUGGUGGAACUGGCGGUGACGGAUCAUUGGCCGGCAGCAUCUCAUGUGGAGUCUGCGAGUACUUCCAGGCCAACAUUGAGAACGACCCGAUCUACCUCAACAAGGCGCGCUCGCUACAGUACGCCGUCAGUGCUGUUUUGCCCAUCGCCUACUUCAUUGGCCUUCUCUUCACCCUCAAGACCCAUCGUCACAUCCUUCAUCAGACUGAGAAUGUGACUGGUGGUGCUGGUGGUGGCGCACAUGGCCACAGCCAUGGUGGCAGCAGCAGCGGCGAGGAGGAAGAGGAGGGCGAGGGCGAGUCCGAAUGGUCCAGGACACAGUGUAUCGUCAUCCUUUUGUUCUGCACUACAUUGUUCGCGUUGGUUAGUGAGAAGUUGGUGGACACGAUCGAUCCCGUCGUCCAAGCAUUCCACCUCACGCCACAAUUCCUUGGAAUCACCAUCCUAGGAGUGGUACCAACUGCCGCCGAGUAUCUCAACGCAGUCCAAUUCGCGCUAAACAACAACAUGCCACUGGCACUCGAGAUUGGAGCAUGUGGCUCAGUCCAAAUCACUCUCUUCCAAGUUCCAGUCCUAAUCUUUAUCUCUGCAAUCAUGUCACAUUUUUCUGGAAGUCCGACAUUCAAUCUGAUCUUCCCAACACUUGACUUUUAUGCAGUGUUCUUUGGCGCUGUUGUGAUGAACCUUGUGCUGGCCAAUGGCAAGACCAACUACUUCAUCGGAUCGACACUAUGCAUUGUCUAUCUUAUAAUUGUAUUCCUAUUCUUCUUCAUGCCAACGCACUAA